GUCUCUGCCAGUGGGAAGUCUUUCAGCGUGUGGCUGCUGUGUUGAUUUGCUGGGAGUCCUGCAUUUUGUAGACUGUGUCUGUCUCUAUCUAACAUAACAGGGAAUAUACCAGAAUGGAUGAAGCUGAAGAUGCUGCCGUUUCUGCAACUAUGGGCUUCUCUGGGUUUGGAAAGAAAGCACGGACAUUUGAUUUGGAAGCCAUGUUUGAACAAACCCGUAGAACAGCUGUGGAGAGAAGCAAAAAAACAUUUGGUGACUCGAGAACAAGAGGAAGACAGCAGCAAAGAAGAGCAGGUGACCAAGAAAAGUCCAGCUUUAAAAGUAGUUGCUUCAAGCUCUGCACCAAGAUGCACUGAAUCCGGUUCCAGUGACUCAGAGGAUAGUUCAGACGAUGAAGAGAUUGGACCACCAGCACCUUCUAAUGUUUCCGAUGAUGAUAUGAUCGGCCCUCCACUUCCUCCUGGUUUUAAGGACAGCGAUGAUGAGGAUGAAGAGGUGGAUGAGGACGAUGAUAGUCCUAUCAAAAGAAUUCCCGAUUCCCAUGAAAUUUCGCUACAACAUGGCACAAAAACUGUUUCUGCUCUGGGAUUGGACCCUUCUGGGGCUCGUCUAGUGACUGGUGGCUAUGACUAUGAUGUUCGAUUUUGGGAUUUUGCAGGAAUGGACGCCUCUCUACAAGCAUUUAGAUCACUUCAGCCAUGUGAAUGUCAUCAGAUAAAAACAUUACAGUAUAGCAACACUGGAGAUGUCAUACUUGUUGUAGCCGGGAACUCUCAAGCCAAAGUCCUAGACCGAGAUGGCUUUCCAGUCAUGGAAUGUGUUAAAGGGGACCAGUACAUAGUGGACAUGGCAAACACAAAGGGUCAUACUGCCAUGCUAAAUGGGGGAUGUUGGCACCCAAAAAUAAAGGAAGAAUUUAUGACCUGCUCUAAUGAUGGGACAGUUCGAAUUUGGGACGUAAACAGUGAGAAAAAGCAUAAGAAUAUAUUUAAGCCAAGGUCUUCUCAAGGGAAACGUGUUAUUCCAACAUGCUGCACGUACAGCAGAGAUGGGAGGCUUAUAGCAGCCGGAUGCCAUGAUGGAACCAUCCAGAUAUGGGAUAGGAAUAUGAAUGUUCACACAAAAUAUCACUGCAGACAAGCACAUGUUCCGGGUACAGACACUUCAUGCGUGACCUUUUCCUAUGGUGGACAGAUCCUUGCCACUCGAGGAGGGGAUGAUACUUUAAAAACGUGGGACAUUAGGAACUUUAAGAAACCGCUCCAUACGGCCUCUGGUUUAUCCAACUUUUUCCCAAUGACCGACUGUUGCUUCAGUCCUGAUGAUAAACUCCUGAUUACUGGAACGUCCGUGAAGAAAGGAGGUGGAAAUGGGAGCUUAAUGUUCUUUGAUAUGGUGGAAUUUCAGAAGAUUUAUGAAAUUAACGUCACAGACGCUAGUGUUGUUCGAUGUCUUUGGCACCCUAAGUUGAAUCAAAUAAUGGUGGGCACCGGCAAUGGACUGGCCAGAGUAUAUUAUGACCCAGCUCAAAGCCAGAGGGGUGCAAAGCUAUGCGUGGUUAAAACCAAUAGAAAAGAACGUCAAGCAGGAACACUCACUCAGGAUUACGUAAUUACACCUCACGCUCUCCCGAUGUUCAGAGAACCAAGACAAAGAAGUACAAGAAAACAGCUGGAGAAGGAUAGACUUGACCCAUUAAAAUCCCACAAACCAGAACCGCCUGUAGCAGGGCCAGGUCGCGGAGGUCGCGUGGGUACUCAUGGAGGUACCUUGUCAUCGUUCAUUGUGAAGAAUAUUGCACUGGAUAAAACCGAUGAUAGCAACCCUCGAGAAGCUAUUUUGCGUCAUGCAAAAGAUGCAGAGCAAAACCCUUACUGGGUGGCUCCAGCGUAUGCCAGAACGCAACCCAAUGCCGUUUUUGCUGAGGUGGACUCCGAUGAAGAUGAACCUGACAAUGAGCCGGAGUGGAAAAAGCGUAAAAUUUGAAAACUAGAAGUGAGAAAGUUCAACUCACUUUGGUAGAGCUACAGUAGCCACAGGAUCUGCUGAUCUCUCUGUCUUUCCAAAAAAAAAAACACAACCAUGAAAGUUUUAAUCCAAAAUAUGAACAUU